UCCAUAUCAUGUGAUUCAGGUAUUCCAAUCCCCUCCCAAUCAUGUGAUUCAGGUGUUCCAAUCCCCUCCCGAUCAUGUGAUUCAGUGUUCCAAUCCCCUCCCGAUCAUGUGAUUCAGGUGUUCCAAUCCCCUCCCGAUCAUGUGAUUCAGGUGUUCCAAUCCCCUCCCAAUCAUGUGAUUCAGGUGUUCCAAUCCCCUCCCAAUCAUGUGAUUCAGGUGUUCCAAUCCCCUCCAUAUCAUGUGAUUCAGGUGUUCCAAUCUUCUCCAUAUCAUGUGAUUCAGGUGUUCCAAUCCCCUCCCAAUCAUGUGAUUCAGGUGUUCCAAUCCCCUCCAUAUCAUGUGAUUCAGGUGUUCCAAUCCCCUCCAUAUCAAUGUGAUUCAGGUGUUCCAAUCCCC